AUGGAUGAUUUAUCUUUAAAUCAAGAUCAUAAUGAGCUCAAUAACAAAAAGAAUCUCGAUUUACCUACCAGAGUUUCCACUCCCCCAACUCCAAAUCCAUUAACUACUUCUGCUUCUGAUCAAAAAGUUAGUUUUAAUGAGAAUGAAUUAAACAUAGAAAUAUUAUUAUCAAAUUUAUCAAAAAAAUGUCAAGAUUAUUUGCAAUUAAUUGAACCGAUUCCUGUUUUACCUCCCAAUUACAAUACAUUACCACCAGGUGGUUGUCCUAGAUUUCCGAUAAUUCAACCAUUAUCCUUAUUAUCCGAGUCAUUAUCAAACAAAACAACUUCAAGCAUAUCGGACUUGUCUAAUUCAUAUAAUUUGCAAAAUUCUAUCAAACCUCCAUCAUAUUCUCCAGCAAUUUACAAAAUUGGUGUUGUUUCUCGAAAAGUCGAAUGGGUUAAUCCUUACGAAUUGUCUACAAAUAGAAGUUGGAAAUUUUAUAUAAUGGAAUUGAACUCAACUCAAUUAAAUUUUUAUAGCAUACCAUCAAAUUUGGAACUUCAAGUUUUAAAUUUUAGAACAAACUCAAGUUUAAAGACUAAUGAUUUUAAUGAAGAUAAAAAUUCAAUUUUUACAAAUGAGUUUGACUAUCAAUUUUAUAAUUUUGUAAAUGAAUUGGGUUUAUUAGAUCAUUCAAAUAGUAUUACUAAGAAAUCAUUAGUCAGAACUUAUUCAUUACAAUAUUCGAGAAUUGGUUUAGCAACUGACUAUAAAAAGAAAGCGAAUGUUUUAAGAUUAAGAAUUGAAAAUGAACAAAUAUUAUUAAACUUUUCUACUACUGAGGAAUUAAUUAAUUGGAAUCUACUGAUUAAUAUUGGAAAAGACGUUGCAGUAGAUUUAUCGGAUAGAGAAUUACCAAGAUAUAGGACCGUUCCAAGACGUAGAAGAAGGAGAAAUGAUUCACCAAGUAUCAGCAAUGUACAUUUAUCUUCUGCAACUAUAUCCAGAUUAAGAUCUGUAUCAGAUUCAUCAAAAUUUAAAGGUACAUUGAAGAAACUAAAAUUUAAAUUGUCAUCAAAAUCAAAUACUAAGGCUGUAACUUUCGAAGUUGAUACUGUGCAUAAAGGUCAAGAAGAUUCAUUAUUUUCUGUUAACAGAUCAAAUUCAGCUCCUAAUUUAUUCCAACCUACCCAUAAUAAUCAUGAUUCUCAAGAUGAUGAUGAAGAUGCAGAUGAAUAUGAUGAAGAGUUCAAUGCAAUAAUUGAUCGUUCAAGAGUAGAAACGAGUAUUCAUUCAUCAGGUUUAAUUGAUAAUGAUCAAGAAGAUAUAAAUGAUUUUUCCGAUUUACAUCACUCAGAUAUAGAAGAUGAAGAAGAUGAAGAGGAUGAAGUUGAUGAAGUUGAUGAAGAAAUUUUCCAAUCACAAAGAUUACGUCGUCAUCAUCAUAACACAAGUUUUUCAAGUGAUGUUGAUUAUAAAUGGAAUCCAGCCAAUGAUAAACCAAUAAGUAAACGUAAAUAUUAUAGAAAUUGUUUACGUUGUAUCAAACCUUUAACUAUGGAUGAAUCAUGGGUUGAUAAAACCUUAGUUAAACCGACAACAUUAUCACCAUUAAAUAUGGCUUAUUUAAGAAUAAUAAAAUAUGGAGGCCCAAAUGGUGAAUUGUUAUCCUCAUGUCAUUCUUCAUCUUUAAGUUUAAAUUCAUUGAAUAAAAAACAAACAAAUGCAUUAUUCAAAGAAGGUACUGGCGUUAAUUUACCAGAUUUUGCUUUAACUAAAUUACCAAAUCAUUUUUUAAAAGAGUUUAAUGUUGGAAACCAUGGUUUAAUUCCAAAAGAAAUUAUAUAG